AUGCAAGCAGAAACUGGUCUUAAAGAGGAGCUGGAGGUCGAGUCGCCAAGCUCAAUCAUUAAUGUAACAGCGACAACAGAGGGACAUGCGCCACAGUCGAAUGUCAAAAAUGGCAUUACUCAAUUCCCCCCGCCGAAGACCGACAAACCACGACCACACAUAUGCACUACGUGCACAAGAUCAUUCGCUCGGCUGGAGCAUCUGAAACGGCACGAACGAUCACAUACCAAGGAGAAGCCGUUUGAGUGUCCGGAAUGCACAAGAUGUUUUGCACGCAGAGACUUGUUAUUGCGCCACCAGCAGAAGCUUCACAUGACUGGUCCUGCCACAAAACCUCGCAAUGGCAGGCGAGAAAGCGCUGCUGGUCCUGGCGCAGCCAAGGUCCGCAAGAAUUCCAUGGCGAAUGCGAAUGUCGGAGGUGCUGGGAUGAAUGUAAACCAUUCCAGAAGAAAUACAAUCAGCCAUAUUGAUAUGUCUUCUCUUGGCCUGCUGGACAAUUCCGAGGCGAAUUUGAGUUUGAGCCGGGUCAGUUCGCUCGGUAUGCCCGUCGGAAUGGGCCACCACAUGAACAUUGGAAUGGGAGGCAUGCCGGGCUCUGGAUAUCACUUCAAUGGCAUGUCCAACAACGGUCUCGGGAGCCAUGGCAACAUACACGGCCUGCCCAAGAUCGAUACACACAUCAACCACCUGGACAUUUCAAACUCACUGAGAACAGCGCCACCCGCUGGCAGCUUUGGUGGUUUCGACAUCGAUCAGCUAUUCCCGCCCAACACGACGAUCAAUCCCGCUGCACUGCACUACGGCGAAGCGGGUGCUAUUACGUCCUCUAACAUUCCGUUCGGAUUUGACCCUAGCACGAACCAGCAUGUCCCAAUCGACGACGACUUUGGAUGGAUGCGCAAUUGGAAUAUGCAGAUGAAUGGCGGCCCAGAGAAUGAACAGGCGAUUGAAGAGUCGUCGCCUUCGCGAAUGAGCAGUGGUGACAGCCCCGGUGACUACUCGGAGAGCAUGACCAGCAGCYAACCAGUACUGCCGAUGCAGAACAAUUUCCAAUGGCAGCAACAGGAGCAGCACCCUCGGAGCAUGUCCACAGKGACCUUCCAUCUGGAAGGACUGGGGAAUGGACUGCCCAACCUUGGCCUCAACGGGACCGUGUCCCCGUCAAGCUUACACGAUCCUACGCCGACCGGGGAUGCGUAUUUCCACCACGCCAUGAUGCAGCAGAAUGGAAUGCACCAGCAGCCAAACGCACAUGUGCAGCUGCCUGUAGAUACGAUGCAGGGGCACUCUGCGAACUUGUUUGGCAACACUUUGACCAACUUUAGCUCCAACAGCCCCAGCAUUGCAUCAUCCGCCAUGAGCGGCAGUGCAAGGCAGAGCUCAGUGACCUCCAUAUCUACAGACUCCAUCACCGAAUCAACACGGCAAGCGCUACUCUCUAGCCUUUGCCAACCUUCCGUGUUUGGCGUCCACAAUGCACGAAAAUAUUCGCAGCCGAAUGUGAGCUCUCCGCUGUCCCCAGCAAACGGUAGGGGUAGCUCGCAAACCCAGGGGCCCACUCUACCCGACACUGCGGACAUCCGAAGAUACAUCGAUGCCUUCGUCCGAUACGCCUUACCACAUCUCCCGCUCACGCAUAUCCCCACGCUGUCCUUUGAUGGCAUCGAGACCGCGACUGGAUCUCAUGGGAACCCAUCGCCGCCUGGUACGAAUCAAAGCGGCCGGACGGGAGGAGCAAGAUGCCUCAUCCUGGGAAUGGCGGCGAUUGGCGCACUAUACGAGUACGAUCAUCCCGCGUCCAAGGGGCUGUUCGAAGCUGCCAAGAAGAUGAUCCAGCUCUACUUGGAGGAACGUCGCAAAGCWGACAUGUCCAAAGCCGUGAACGGAUCGGUUGCAGGCAGCGGAGAAACGCCGCUUUGGCUGGUCCAAGCGAUGCUACUCACUGUCAUAUAUGGUCACCACUGCGGAGAUCGCCUUGCCGCUGACAUCGCCAGCAAUCAUAUUGCGGCGCUGGUCAGUCUAGCCAGAGCGGCUAACCUGGCGCAACCUCCCAUGUCGCCAGAUGCCUCGGAAGAGGAUUUGGAAGCCAAGGGCGGUGAUGUCGACAUGUCUGAUGCUGCUGCGUCCGGAGAGUCAGAAGAUGAUCUGCACGCGCAGUGGACCAAGUGGAAAUUGAGCGAAGAGCGAAAGCGCUGCCUUUUUGGCAUCUUCAUUCUUUCCAGCUUACUCACAACUUCCUACAACCAGACUCCUACGAUCAUGAACUCGGAAAUCUUGCUCGACCUUCCUUGUGCCGAGGAGCUGUACAAUGCGCCUUCAGCGGAAAGCUGGCAGGCGCUAGGUGGUAUGGCAGCAGUAGAGGCUGGCGCCAUUCCCUUCGCAACUGCCCUUAGCGUUCUUCUCAGUGCGCAUCAACGCCAGCCAGGUACACCAAGCCCAGAAGAUGACAUUAAGCCCAGCACAUUUGGGUGUCUUGUUCUCAUUAAUGCUCUUCACAAUUACAUUUGGGAGACUCGGUCCCGUCGUCGGGAAUGGACGAUGCAAGAGACAGAGUCGAUGGUUGCAUACAUCGAACCUGCGUUGAAUGCUUGGCAGACAGCAUGGAAAGCGAACGAGCAUCAUCGGCUUGAACGUCCGAAUCCGUUCGGACUUGGUCCUCUCUCCGCUGACAGCAUUCCACUUUUGGAUCUCGCCUUUGUCAGAUUAUACGUCGAUAUGGGUCGCACAGCAGAGGCUUUCUGGAGGCGCGAUUUCGAUCAAAUGGCCGAAGCGCUCGGCCAUGGCAGCAAGCUGCUCCUAUCUCCCGUUGAUGACCAUGGUAGCACAGACAACAAAGCCGAGCAGUCCCGCCGGGAACGGCACUUGAGGAAAGCGGCUUUCUAUGCCGCGGACUCGUUGAGUGUGGCCUGUCGGUUCAACUUGACCUACGCGGACCCCACGGCUCACGAGUUACCAAUCCAAUCGGCCAUUUGUUUUUUCGACUGCGUGCAAGUUCUCGCAGAGUGGUGCACGACUGUGCAGGAGCGGGUUGGGAAAUAUCUGGGAGUUCUAGGUAGAGACGCAGUGGAGUACACCCAAGUUCCUGCAAUCAUGCUUCUUGAGACGGAGGACGCGGAGCUCCUGCGGAAGAUUGAGGGUGUUUGCGGUGUGCUAGAAGGGAAGAGGAGGGAGCAGGAGAAUCUACUCUCGAUGGAUAUGGGCGGACUGUCCGAUCAAAAUGCCGUUGCAGCGAUGGCUGCUUCCACCCACAAUGGAGUGGAUCUCGGGCAGUUUGGUGUGGGAAGCAGGAUCCUGCGGGUUACGGCUAUGAUGUUGGAGAAGGCUGUUAUCUGGCCAAUCACGCAUGUCAUGGCCAAAGCCCUCGAGAACGAGGCCUCGCACAUGGACCGCCGAGCUGAAGCAUCCUGCCAUUCCAUGUAG